UACUGCCUUUUUAUCCAUCGCUUGGUUCAUUGGUAUGAUCUCAAUGACUGUAGAUGCCUCUGACUGCUCACUUGAUGAGAAACUUGAAAAAGAAGAUUCAGAUUAUAAGGACGUUUGGUUAAAUCAGGUAAAUUAAAAAAGAUAAAAAAAAGUACACAAUUAUUAAAAGAUGAUAAAGUGCCGAUGUGCCAAAGCAGCAGCAGGAUUCAGUUGGAUCAUGUUCUUUGCCUGGCUUGCCACUACAGCCAUCAGUGCUAUCUUAUUAUGGCACGAAAAGCGGCUAAAGCAUGAACGAGCUUAUCGCGCAGAACCUGAUGAUGAUGCAUCCAUCCAGGACGAAAAAAAGGAUACUUAUUCACUACCGUCACCUUUACCAGAACCUCCUCGUGUGAUCACAUCGUCCUAUGUACCGCCUCAGAUGGCUUCACCUCCUUAUACCUAUACAAAUUAUCCUUUUCAGGCCAUAUCGUCUCCACCUUAUACCCACCAGCAGCAUUAGUAUGAAUUAUAACAAUAAACAGAUUUCUUUUUUCGUAUAGAGACACUAAUGUCUAUGGCGAAAUGAUUAUUUGUUAGCGAACUCGAUCCUGUUUAGUCAUGACUUAUCUUGUUCAUAUUUAGAGAAAAUGUUUAUCUCGAGAGCC